CCUGCCAUUUAACCAAAAUGGCUUUUAUUGUGAAAGACAUCGCGGAAGUUUAAAUUCAUUCGUGUUUCGAACUUGACCCGGUAAAAGCUUCAUAGAUAACCAACCACAUAAGAUCACUUCGUGAUUUAGAGCAGGUUGCGCAGGACCAGUUCAUGGACUCUGACACACAUUUUGUUCAGUUUAGCUGACCACCUGAAAACCUCAAAACGUUGUAUUUGUAGACAAGCACGUCGCGCCUGCGCUGUGAAGCUACAUUUUUUCCCAGCUUGAGGUAUGUCGCUUUGGUUGAAAAUCGGCAGCUGCUGCAAAGAGCAGAGGCGCAGGCAAAGUGCACUAUCAGGGUGAUCCAUACGUACAAGACACACCGACUACCUGGAGUCGCGGAUCUCAGCGAGGCUGAAAUCUGUUCUUAUGGAGUUGUCACUGUCUGCUCGAUAAAGGAGGCGAGCCGUUUUUGUGUGUGCAGACGUUUUCUCCCGUGUAUUCUGGAUGAUCUCCCACUGCCAGGUCCACGUAUUGAGAUGAUCUAUUUUUGUGAUGGCGAAGGGUCUGUUUCCACGGGCCUGGGUGAAAAAGUCUUUCUACUUCCAGGCUCGGAUCUCCUUCGUGCGGGUGAAGUACCUGUUCCUUACAUGGCUGACGGUGCUGGUGGGGAGCUGGGUGCUCUAUGUGCAAUACUCUGCCUACACAGAGCUGUGCAGAGGACACGAGUGCAAGAAUGCCAUUUGUGAUAAAUACAGGAGGGGGAUCAUCGACGGCUCUGCCUGCAGCAGUCUGUGUGACAAAGGAACACUCUAUAUGAGCAGGUGUCUCUCAACCUUUCCAAAUAACCAGGUCUACACCGGCAGCUGGGGAGACCACGAUGGGAUCAUCCGCUGUAAGCUGGGGGAGGUUGUGCACUACGAGCUGGGUGAGGAGCCGGAGCCGCGGAGAGAAGCCCCUGUGUUCGACAAGCCCACCAGGGGAACAUCGGUGGAGAAGUUCCGAGAGAUGGUUUUCAAUCAUCUCAAGUCCAAGCUUGGGGAGCAGGCUAACCUCGCCAGCCUUGUCAGCCAGAUCCUCUCUGUCGCUGACGGAAACAAAGACAGACGGGUGUCCUUGCCAGAAGCCCGUUCUACAUGGGCACUUCUGCAGAUGGAUGAGGUGCUGCUAGGCCUGCUGCUACAGGACCGUGGACACACUCCUCGCCUCCUCGGCUACUGCGGGGACCUGUACAUGACAGAGCGAGUCCCCUACGGGCCCCUGUAUGGUUUGUCUCUACCAUGGCCCCUGGUAUCCUGGGUGCCCAGCAGCUUGCAGCGAACUAUGGACCAGUGGUUCACCCCCUCAUGGCCUCGCAAAGCUAAGAUCUCUAUGGGCCUACUGGAGCUGGUGGAGGACAUCUUCCAUGGCACUUACGGCAGCUUUCUGAUCUGCGACCUCGCUGCGGCGCACUUUGGUUACACCGAGCGCCAUGAGCUCCGUCUGACUAACACCCGAGCUGUGGUCCCUGAGGAUGAGUUCAGGCGCACCAUGCGGGGGCUGAAGUGUGAGACGGAUGCCGACUGUGUGUACAGGGCGGACUGCCAGACGUCAUGCGACGUGUCAGAGAAACGGUGCAGGGAGGAGCCAGUUCAGCCAAACUUGGCAAAGGCAUGCAGUGCACUGAAGGACUACCUCCUGCGUGGGGCGCCAUCGGGACUGAGAGAGGAGCUGGAGAGGCAGCUGUACGCCUGUAUGGCUCUCAAAGGUAAUGCUGGACAGAUGAACAUGGAGCACUCUCUUAUCCUCAACAACCUGAAGGCUCUGCUGUGGAGACAGAUCUCACACACCAAGGACUCGUGACGAGGGCAGGAGGUCCUCCUGAAAUCUUGCCAGUCAGUUCCUCACUAGGAGCUGAGUAUGCUGAUGAUUAAAGAUGCUGUGAUUUAGGAAUAGCAAAUUUUAUGAAGUAAUUUUUUAUCAACUCAAAUGUAUGAAUGAUAACGAUCAGACUGAGGGGGACUAUGCCUCCUCUUUUCUCAGUUUCAGAAGUCUGGGGAGCAGACGUCCAAGUACUUUGAAAUGUAAGACUAAAAUAAACUGAAUGAUCUCAUGCCGCCAUCAGUCGGACUGAAAACAGUUCAUGCAGCCACAUUAUGUUGUACUGAAUGUUGCUGGAGCAGACAGAGCAUAUGCAGAUUUUACUGUUGGUCUGAAGAGCUGAGAGUCCAAAUAGCUGUUUUUUUUGUUUUUUUUUUUAACCACAAAAUCAUGCUGAUAUGUUCAAGCGGACAAGGUCCAUCAAAGAAGAGAUUAUUUGUGACUUUUGUACAGUGUUCCAGUUUAAAGUGUGACAAAACUGCACUGUUUUGAGGUCAGCGCCUUAAUUUUGGUAUGUUAAGGUUGUGACUGAGCACCUCAGAGUAAUCGUGGAUCGUGCUUUUGAAGGAUUAGGCUGGUGAUUGUCUUCUCGAGUAAACCCAAUGAAAAAACCAACAGUGCUUCAGUUUCUCUCGGUACUUACCAAUAUGACUACAGUAUCUGUGGCCUCGGCACAUUAAUGCAAACUGAAAGUGUAAAUCUGUAUGAACAGAUCUCAAAAGUUAUGCUUUCCUUUAAACAGCUGAAACUAGUUUUUAGUUCACUCAAACAGGAGUAAAUGGUGCAUUUGUUGGAGACUACUUUCAGCUGUGGAUGAAUAGUCACAGUCAGCACUAGUUUGUAUUUGUGAUCAAAAAGAAACUAGUGUCCAUGUUCAUCGUGAUGAACGUGUUACCCAGUGCAACAGCUCUUACACAAACUUGAACUAUUUUAAGCUUUGGCUCUACAGUCGUAGCAAUAAAAUGAAUUCAUUAUCAGUGAGUCUUUGGAUGACAUUAAGGAAAAAAGAGAAUCAUAGAGAAUGUGACUCCAAACUAACAGAUUAAUGACAAACCUAAGCAGUGAAGCUGUUGUGGUGGCUCUUCCUUUAAUUGUCACUCACCUGCAUGCUAAAUCGAGGCAAUUCAUCAGCUUCAGGGCGGAUAAUGUGAUGAUAAUUGCUUGUCAGUAUUCCACAGAGGUCAUGUACUGUAUGUCAGCGUACUUCACUCUGCUGUACUCUCUCCACGCGUAACGCUAGUGACAUCAGCAAUGCUGCAUCAACAACACGACCUGAAACAUUAAGGCAAUUCAUUUGGUUUGUGAAUGUUAUUGUAUUUCUCACUGAAAAGAACUUUUGUGGCAAUGUGCUGUGUUCACAUUAGUUUUGGAUUUUAUCUCAGUGCCAUAGAGCUCAUGCUGAAAUCAUUUGAAUGUUUACCACCUGUGACAGUUGACAUCUUUUUAAGAAUCUUGUGGUCGCAUUUGAAUGCUGUCACUUCUCAACAUUGCUGUGAAUUUCCUGUGACCAGUUUGACAACCUGACUUGUUAAACCACUUUACAUGUUUUAAAACAGACGUGACCCAUAAAAAGCCUGUCAAGCUUGUGGUCAAUGCUGCUGUUGGACUUUUGAAAAAUGUAAAAAAAAAAAAAAAAAAAAAACACCACUUAUUGAGACCAGCAUGAUUUUGCACAAUUAAAACUACAUACCACUUCACUGUAAUUUGUCAGCUGCUGUGUUCAUGUCUUUCUCUACACCAAAACCAUAAUCAUACUUAGAAUCAUUUAUGUGGCUUUAGUACAAAUCACCGUAAAUAUUGGUCAUAGGUGUAA